ACCGACGCGGCCUCUGGGUCGGAGCUUUUCCCUGGGGUCGGCCCACGGACAUUUUCGCCCGCCGCGUCCCUCUGUCUGCCUUGUCCCCGUCGUCGCUGCCGGCCCUUUGGGUUUCCGGCGCUGUCACUCGCGCACAGGUUACCCCAUGGCCCCUUUCUCUUCACUUGCUCUUGCCCCAGUUCACGGGAAACCUGUUUUCUGACCUCACUUCCCCCGCUCCAGCUCUGCCUGUCUCGAAUGCUCUGAAAUCUGACCCUCUCCAGGGCUCUGUGACAGGAAGGAGGGAAGAAGCAACCCGACUCCGCAGCAGGCGCCCAUCUGGCCCACGCCCCACUCGGGGCAGGGGCCAGGCUUCUCUGACCGAGCGCCACUGCCCCGGUGCCCUUGGGCGACGCCUUUCAAUACCACGGCCCUUUCUCUGUCCAGCAGCACUGGCCGCAAAAACUAACUUCUGCAGGUCACAAGUUGGAUUCACAGCAAAGAUGCUUUCGGAACAGACAGCAGCCCUGGGGACAGGAUGGGAGUCGAUGAAUGUCCAGCUGGAUGGAGCAGAGCCCCACGUGGAAAGGGGAAGCCAAGAAGAGGGGCCAUGGAGAACAGCACCAGGGCCACUGGAACACAUGUGCUGUGACCUUGAAGAAGAGCCACAGUCCCUUCAGGAAAAGGCUCAGUCGGCUCCCUGGGCCCCCACCAUUCCCCAGGAGGGGAGCACCGGAGACUGGGAGAUGGCAGCUGCACUUCUUGCAGCCGGAUCACAGGGUUUGGUAACCAUCAAGGAUGUGUCACUGUGCUUCUCUCAGGAGGAGUGGCGGAGCCUGGAUCCUUCUCAGACAGAUUUUUAUGGAGAAUAUGUCAUGCAGGAAAACUGUGGGAUAGUGGUCUCUCUAAGAUUUCCAAUUCCAAAGCUGGACAUGCUUUCUCAGCUAGAAGGAGGGGAAGAACAAUGGGUCCCUGACCCACAGGACUUAGAGGAGAGGGACAUCCUGAGAGUCACAUAUACAGGAGAUGGAAGUGAGCAUGAGGGGGAUACCCCUGAACUAGAAGCAGAACCUCCCAGAAUGUUAUCUAGUGUGUCUGAAGAUACUGUUCUCUGGAACCCGGAACAGGAUGAGAGCUGGGAUUCCAUGCCCAGAAACUCCAGAGGAAUGCUCCUAGGCCCACCUUUUCUUCAGGAAGAUAGCUUCUCAAGUCUUCUGUGUAGCACAGAGAUGGACUCCCUGUUAAGACCGCACACGUGUCCCCAAUGUGGGAAACAGUUUGUGUGGGGCUCCCACCUUGCCAGGCACCAGCAGACUCACACUGGGGAGAGGCCCUACAGCUGCCUCAAGUGUGAGAAGAGCUUUGGACGGAGACAUCACCUGAUUCGCCACCAGAAAACCCACUUACAUGACAAGCCCAGCAGAUGCUCUGAGUGUGGCAAGAAUUUCCGAUGCAACUCCCAUCUGGCCAGCCACCAGAGAGUGCAUGCAGAAGGCAAAUCCUGCAAAGGUCAAGAGGUUGGAGAGAGCCCUGGGGCUAGGAAACGGCAGCGUGCCCCACCAGUGCCAAAGUGCCACGUGUGCACUGAGUGUGGGAAGAGCUUUGGCCGACGGCACCACCUGGUGAGACACUGGCUGACCCACACCGGGGAGAAGCCCUUCCAGUGCCCUCGCUGUGAGAAGAGCUUUGGCCGGAAGCACCACCUGGACAGGCACCUGCUGACCCACCAGGGACAAAGUCCCCGGAGCAAUUGGGACAGAGGGACAUCUGUCUUUUGAAAUCUGUUUCUGCUGUAGCUGUGCUCACAUCUAUCAGCUGGUGCUACCAGGAGUUUCUGCCAGAGCUGCCCCUCUCCUGUCCCCAGUGGCCAGGAUCCUGAGCCUUGGCCUUAUCCCUAAAGAUGAGGUUCCAGCAUUGGUGGGAGCAUUUCUCACCAGUUCUGUGAGAUACCACAUAAAAUAGUUCUUUGGGCAAAACUUUUGGGAAACAGUGCUUACGACAUGGGCUGAAUUUCAGUCUGAGCUGAAUUUCUCAAGGGUAGUGAGUGGUACCAGUAGUUUAUGGCUGAGGUCCAUUCUGAUUGGUUGGAGCCUGUGCCAUACCAGUUGUUAAAUAUUUCAAGUAUCACCAUUGUAUAUCAUGACUCAUAUUCUCUUUAUAUAUAUGUCUAUAUAUGUGUAUAUAUAUGGAGAGAGAGUGAAAGACCAUGUUGACAUAUUAAAGGCUCUGAAAAUUUAUGCAGUAGAGCAAAUUGUUAAGCCUCUUAAUGCAGUGUUUCCUAACUGUAUUUGACCUCAUUUUUCUUUCUAUCUUACAUCCCCCAGAACUGGUGACUCCAUGAAACACUCUAGUGAACACUGGGUUAGAGUAACGAGGAAAAAGGAAAGAGCCCCCAUAUUUUGUCCAAACGAAAGCUGAGGGGCAGAUUUCAUUCCUGGUCCAUCACCCUCACCUCAGUCAUCCGAAUAUAUACAUCCACAUCUUUCACCUCACCUGCCAAAAGAUAGAAACAAUAACUUUUCACCCCUUAUUUCUACUCCCUUUGUCCUGCAAACACAUAACAUCCAGCUGAGAGAUCAUCCUACCAUGCUAAGAGAUGGACCUUUCAUACCCUCAAGUAAUCCAGACUCACACAGAAGAAAAAAACUUUAUCCCCUUGGAUAGUCCCCUCUUCUCUUGUGUCUUUAUGUGUCUGUGUGUAUCUGUGUACAGGGUUUUUGAAGAGAGCAUGCAAAGUGCAAACUGUAAAAGCUAAAUUUUCUAGCGGCUGUGUUCUGUUCUGGUGAUGAGGGUCGUGGGGAUUGUAUGGGGUUUGUAUUUUGUUUCAAGAUAGGAAGUAAGCAGAGCGCUUAAGGAAGCCUUAGUGGGAAGGGUUAAGUGGUGGCUUCUGUUGUGGGAGUUGAGGUAUAAAGCCUUCUUGAGUGUCACUGAGAUCAAGACAACUGAAUAUAUAUGUUUAGGUCUGAAUCUUUGGCCCACAGAUUCUUUUUGCCUGGGUAAAGAAAGUGAGAAAAAAAAUGUCCUCUGUGAGGUGAGCUGUUCUUGUUGAUUUCAAGCAAGCUGCAUAUAGAGCUCUGUGCUUAGUGGGCUUUGUUUGUUUUUAGUCUUGUUUUAAGUGCCGGGAAAUUAGGGCAGAAAUCACAGUGCUUACUGGUUGUUGUGAUUGCUCUUGUUUGAUCCUGAUUGCCUCAUCAAGGUGGCAGAGUUAUUUUUGAGGAUUUCAUCUUCCCAGAAACAGAACUUUAGGGGAAAUGGCUGUGGUUUAGCUUUUCAGCUGAUAGGAGGUAAUUAGCUUCCCAUUUGGUUUUCCUCAUGAUUCUGGGAAAGUGUACACACUAAGAGUCUUAAUUCCAGAACUUGCAUAAGUAUUCUAGCAUCUGUUAGUUGGUGAGUUGGUCAUUGUUCCUCUUUAUUGAUGAUGUGUUAGUACCGAUCUUAUAAUUUAAAAAUUAUCUUGUAUGUAAGAGCAGUUUGGGGUUAGGGAGGGAAAGGAGCAAAGAGGAUGAAAGUAGAUAUUUUCUCUUCAACGCUCAUUCUGGUUUGUCCUCAACACACUAAUUGGUGUGUUGGUGGAAUUAUCCAGAGAGGUAAGAAGGUGGAAUUAGCCAGAGAGGUAAGAAGGAAGUGAACUGAAACAAUCUAGUCUAAUAGGAAUUUGCUUAGGAAAAAUGGGGUGAAUUAUAGGUCCUCAGAGUUCAGGACUCAAAUGGAGCUAAAAAUAGGGUCACUUUGCUGAAUGGGCUUCUUAGAAUGGCUAUGACUUGAUCACCCCAGUCCCUGCUGUCCUUCUGCAUCCAAAGCAGCCUUCCUUCUUUGGAAUGUACUUCUCUUGCUUAUGUUCCUAGGAAUAGAGCAAAAUGGACAGCCCUUUGCAAGGCAGCUUUGUCCCAGGCCCUCAGAGACAGGAGCACAUUAGGGUUAGGAGAUGCCUCAAGGAAUAAGAAAGUAUGGCAUUACAGUGGUAAAACUGGACUAUGCCAUCAUUCAUUCAUGCAAGUCAGCUCUAUUAAGCACUGGUUCAGAACUUGUUUUGAAUCAGAGACCCUUUUGAGAAUCUGAUAAAAACCAGGAACUCAUUUUUGGAAAAAAACCCCAAAACAUUAGCAAUUCAUUCAGUUUUUCAUACACAUUUAGCAGGCUGGGGUCAAAGGAGAGGAGUUACCCUGACCCAGUGUGGUCAUUAGGUAUUUAUGUCAAGAAUUACAAGGCAAGGGUCACCACGUAGUUUAAUGAACAUGAUACCAGAGGCAGUAUGGUAUAAAGAAGAUAGGGUCUGGUCUUUAAUGACCAGAGGGUAUUGUUUACAGUCUAGUUUACAUAUUUUUUUAAAAGUUGAGCUGACAAAUCCAGCUCCUCACAAACUUUCUUUUAAAGUUUUGUAGGAGGUGACUCUCCAUACUCACAGAUCACACCUCUUAAUAAUCAGAUGUUAACCUCCAGCCUUUGAUCUGUUUCAGUAAUUGUAAGGACAGAAAGUGAAGCCCCUAAAGUGUAGGUGUCCUCAUAGCACACAACUGAAGGCAUAAGGGCCGUCUGCAGAAGGGGCAUCCCUUUAGGGCAUUUCUGAUGUGCCACUGUCUUCUCUACCUCGGUCCAACACCACUUCCCUUGGAUAAAAAAUAAAAUAAGCAACAGCCAUUGGGGGUGGAUAGAUCUAAAUGAUUUUCCCACAGGGAAUCAGCCUCAAACUCUCAUCUUUCUCCCAAUUCUCUCUGCCACGUGUCUAUCCUACCUGCUUUAAAUAAAAAAUGUCUGUGUUCUCUCUGGGCAAAACGGAAAAUAGAGAAAUCCCAUAUAAGGAACCUGUUCCCUUUGUGGAGCCUCUGCUCUAUUCAGGGCCCAAGUAUCUUCUCCUUUUCAUCCCAACAAAGAAUCUGUAAAGAAUUUCUUACACAGGAGAAUGUGACCCAAAGUGUUAGCUUUACCCAGAUCUAUCUACAUUUAAGUGUUAGCUCUGGUAGUCAAAGUGAAAGAAAAAGCUUUUCCCCUGUUAAAAUGAUGUUAUUAUGCCUUUAGGGAGCUGAAGGGGUGAUAAUUUGGGACAAAAUCCUCUCCUUUCCAGCACUCCUGCAAUCAAGUCACUGUUUCCGAUUUCUGUCAAGGGCAAGGUGAGCUCUGACUCAGAACCACAGGUACCAGAAGAUGGGUUCUUUCCAUCUCUGUUUGCUUGGGGGUGGGUGGGUGGUGAGUGGGGCUGGAUGAUAACAGAAAAGUGAAAUCUAUUUCCUUAGACACCUUUGAGAUCCUGAGCUGGCAAAAUUUCUUUCCCAUGGAGUACUCUAGUAGGCCCAGGCUCUCAAGGUGUGUGGUCUUUGGACCAGCAUAAUUAACAUCACCUAUUGAGCCUGUUUUAGAAAUGCAAAUUCUCAGGCUCUACCCGGGACAAACUGAAUCAGAAACAAUGAGGGCGAAACCCAGCAAUCACCUGCCUUCCUGGGUCUCUCAGGUAUGCCAAUGUUUGAGAACCUCUGGCCUAGAGAUUCAAAUUCCAUUUCAAUCAGUGGUACUUCACCCUUUCCAAGUGGGGAGAGAGGGGAUCUUUACACCUGUUACCAGAUUGGUUUUCUGCAACCUCUCUAGGCUAGUUGCUUUUUGGUUCUGUUCCUCUUGAGUCCCAAGGUCUUUCCUCACUUCAAUCAGUGAAAGGACUGGCUCAGUCACCAGUUUCAGAAAUCAGUGGGGCAACUACUAAGCUGCUGUGAUUGAUUGGAGCUGGAGCUUGUAAAAUGGGGACUGAGGAUUUGUGAGUCCAGAUAUCUGAAAGGACAAAAAGAAGCAGACACAUCAAAGAAGGGAAAUCCAGAGUAAAACUGAAAAACUGAUACUCAAGGAAAUGGUCUUCCUUUGCUAGUUAUGUGGUCCUUUUCCAGGCCUAAUAGUUGCCCCAGAGGCAGACAGGGUGGGCUUUUAGCUCGGAGGUAGGAAGUAAAGCCAACUGUUACAAGCCCUUAAGAACCAAAGUUUUCAAACCUCACAGUGCAUUGGAGAAUAAGGUGCUGUGCAAGGAAUUUCUAACCAUGGUUUGGCAGCAGGAGCAUUAGGGAAGCCCUAGGACACAAGAGGGAACCAGGCUUAUUUAGUGAGAUGUGACUCAUGAGAGACUUGAACUCAAGACUCUUUACUAGGUAGAGGUAGGAACCAAUUAAGCCACCAAUGCAUCAAAAAUGCAUUCUCCUACUUUGAAGUUUCUCUCCAAUUCAGGCUUUGGGAAGGAAUUGUUACCUCCUCCAUCUCCUCUCUUAGGCACACCCAGGAGGACAGGCCGAAAUGAAAGUUGGGAGCCCACCACCCCUGUGGAGAUCCUCAACACCAAAAGGUUACAGUGAACCUAAGUCUCUUAGGGAGAGGUGGUCAGCCCCUCUCUCCUAAGGCAGAAAAGCGUGGCUACUGCUUUCUUCAGCCCCAGACCUCAGGCUCUCUCCCUCUGUCCCUCCCUGUCACCACCUUCAUUUUCCCAAUAAGAGGAGCUUUUCCUCCACUCUUAGCUCUUGUUUAUCUUUUUCAGUUUGAUUGGUUUGGUUUGGUUCUUUGCUGUCUGGGAAACACCUGAGGGUGUUCAUUCUUCCCAAUUCUUCUAUCACAGUUCUCUCUUGUCUGGUUUCUUUUUGGUCAGCCUUAAGCCUACUAGGCAGGGUCCAUUCCUUAUACUUCCCACUUCCUUUCUCAAAUUCUUGGCUAGAGCAGCUCAACUGCCAUCUCAUCAUUCUGUAUCUCUCUCUCUUUCAUGUCCGGACUUGGCCAUGGCCACUGGUAUUGUCAUAUUCAGGCCCUUUACUUCAUUUCCUACAGGCUCCUCUUCCCUUGAUGUAGCUUCUAAAGUGGCUCUUUACCACUACUUUGAUGUACUCAGUCCUUUCCUGCCUCUUGUGACUCCUGAGAGUGAAUCCCAAUUCUACAAGCCAUUUUUUGAGGGCUAACUAUGUGCUAGGCACUGGCUGUUCCAAGCCUGGGAGAUUGUGACCAUGGUUCCUAUACUCAGCAUGUCCCUCAGCCUAGCCCUCCCUGCCACUACUUUCCUGCCAUGCCUCCUGACACUGCGCCAAGGUGCUCUUUUCCAGGAAGCUGUGGGGAGGCAGGGUAUAAUAUGCCCACUUGCCAUCCAGCCCAACUAUUCUGUGCCUGCCAGGUUUCUAGCAAUUGUCUAACUUAUUUCCCUCUGAUGGUACCUCUGAUGGACUUGAACUUCCCACAGGAUACCCUAUGGGGUACCUUUGUCUGUAUCCUUAGGGAUCUGUAAUAUGCUCUUUAUGGUCCCUGUCCGUUGAAUAAAAGAUGUAUUGGUUGUGUCACUGAUUUCCUCUCUUGGUCCUUUCCUGUGCACUCCCAUUCUCAGCUUUUCAAUCCUGGUAAAAAGGCUGCAACAAAGUGGGGAUACGAGACAGCUCUGGGGGAAGUUGUGCAGCCAUGUGUGAGCCCCCUCACUGCCCCUCCUGAAACAUAAACCCUUAGACACUUAGACCAUUGAGUUGGCAGCCCAAGGGGGUGGUAGUGGCUGUAAAUUGAUCCCCUAAGCAAAUUCACAAUAAUUGGUGAUUUGUGGGGAGCUGGAGGAGAUGCAUGCGGAUGGGAUUCUGCAGGAACUGGGUCCAUCAGACACAUUCACUUUUGAGGAUGAGGAGGUUGGGCAUCUGGCAGGUUAUCAAGAAUACAGAGUGAAAAUUUGUGUGGGAGAAAAAAACAUGGACAGCUGGCAUGGGGAAACCACCAGCCUCUGACCCAGUGACGUGGCCUUCCAGCCCUGGAGCUUCAUGGGGACAGGGAGAGGGAACGCUUUGCUGGCUUUGAGCACAGCCCAAAGGCUUUGCUCUUCCUCUGUGGGAGUCGCCUUGCACAGCUUCAAGCCUACUGCUUAGGGGUUGCUUGGCCUCUGCAGCUUUCCCAGCAGCAGCCAGACUGUUUUGUCACCUGCCUCUGUGCUUAUGUUUUCCUGCUUUCUUGCAGUUCACAUUCACUCCCCCCCAAUCACCUGGAGUAAAAUUUGACAAGUCUGGUCUUUCCCCAAACUAAAAAGGGGAGGAGGGCAGGAACUGAUAAAAGGGAGAGGGGAGACACAGCUGUGAUAGUUCAUGGAGGUGUCUGUGUUCUCAGGCAGCUCCCGUGGACUGUGGAAAGCCUGACUUCCUCUUCCCAGUGCCUUUCCCAGGCUCAGUCAAGGCCUCUUGCUGACCCUCCUCCCCCACCCCAUACCCGCCCUGCCACCUCAGUCUUCAGUUUCUCUCUUCCAAGUCCUUUCCUGACAUGGUGCCCCCAUAUUAAUUUCCUAAACAACCCGUCUUCCUGUCUUUGCUAGGCACUUAGGUUUUGGCUGGAGUGACUACCAGUCCAACCAGACAGCCUGGCCAUGUUGGAGUUCCCCAGAAGAGGAGAAAGACAGGAGAGCCUUAUUGUUUUGAGAAUAUUGACAAAUGGAAAUGUUUACAUGUUUGAAAACAGCCCCCUCCUGUGUGUUUCAGAACAUUCUCCCCUGCAAGAAACCACUAAGUCAUUAAAACAUUUAGUGUAGAAAUAAAUUCUAAACUUCUGACCUUUAUCUACAUAACAAAGAUGCCUUAUAGAGUUAGGGUAGUGAGGCCCCAUUCACCAUUUAUAGCUAUAGUGAAAAGAGCGCCGGAAAUGCAGUUAAAAAUCAACUUCUAAAUUGUACAUAUUCUAAACAUCAGCUUUUUCACUUAGGAUCUAAGAGACUGAGGUGAAAGUGAAAUGAAACAAUGCAGGCAAAAGUACAAACCACCUCAUAAAUGAAAAAGCUGUAAUUGACAAUUACGUGAAAAUUUCUUCCUUAUUUUUCAGCAAGCCACAAUGUAUAAGAUUUGGAAAACACAUACAAAAAAGAUAUGGUAAAGAGUCUCAUUCCUGUGUUUUCUCCACAAUUCUGAUCACCUUCCCCUGAUGAUAGACAACCGGUUUUUUUUGUGUAUCCUUCCAGAGUUUCUUUAUACAAAAAAAAAUGCAUUUUCGUUCAUUGGA